AUGGAGUUUGUGCAGAAGGCUGUUCGCACUGGGAAGUAUCAGGGUGCAGAUGGCCAAGCUUUUUCGCUGAACCGGAAGAUGCUCAGUGCCUCCCUGAAAGGCGCAGUGAUGCUACUAACAGUGCCAGCUCCAAGCGGUUCAUAUGCGCCCAGGAAGACCGAGGGACUUAGUCUGGAGGUGGUAGCCGAGGACACCCUGGAAGCUGUCCAGCACUUGGCCACGGAGGGACUCGUCAAUCCCGCUGUCUUGGUGUUUGCCAGUGACACAAACCCGGGUGGAAGCCGAAAGGCCGCCAACGUUGGCACGCAAGAAGAAGCCCUGUGCAGGCAAUCCACCUUAAGGCUUGGACAGGAGCAACUGACCUAUCCCAUUCCAACUCUUGGUGUGGCAUAUGUACCUCAAGUUCAAGGGCUGCUGCCCUCGGGCAUUGUAGUUUUUGGGGGAAUUUGUGCGGCUUUGCGUCAGUGCUUGGCUUCUGAAAGCCCCACUGCCAAGGAGACUGAGUUCUUGGAGGCUAAAGUGGCCAGCGUGCUUGGGACCGCUGUGGCCUUUGGACACCGCAAUCUUGUGCUGGGCGCUUGGGGUUGCGGAGCCUUCGGCAACCCCCCAGAGGUGGUCUCAGGGGCUUUUGCCUCAGUACUCCGCUCAGCGGCGUUUGAAGGUGCCUUUGACCGCGUGGUUUUCGCCAUUCCCAACGACCAGCUCCGUCGCACCUUCCAGGUUGCUUUCGAGUAA